GGCUCUGAGAUGUCAUCAGUUGCAUUUGUCCUCUUUGCACAGUUCACUUGGACGGUGUCAUCUGGCACAUGGCUCAGAUCGCACCAGUGUGCUGAGCUCCGUCAGUACGGAUGUGAUGAAGAGACAAAGAGCAGCAGCUUAAGUGCAUCAGAUAAAAACACUGCUAUUCAUGACAAAACGAAACCAUCACUGCCAUGUAAAAGACCUCCUGCAAUGAGUGUUUGCUCAGAGAGGAUUUCCACAGAGAACGGGAUAAAAGAAGACUGUGUCCUCUUUCUUGGUGUUUACUUGAACUUUACAAUCCCUCAUGACUGUGUGCUGAAAAGAGUGAAGCAAUUUGUGACGCAAAACACGUUCAAAAGCAGUUGUCUGCUACAUAAAAUAGAGAGAAAUGCAGUUUACUGCUCCAACAUCGUUACCAUUGUUCUACUAGACCACUGGGGACCAUUGGAUUGUAUCUGCUUCUGUGAGAUGCCAUCAAAGUUCUCUGCAUCACUGUGUCUUAAAGAAGCACGUCUGAAACCAUCAGGCGGGGUGAAGAGUGUGGGGCCUGUAGACGCCGGCAGAUGCAUAUCUGGAUAUUUCCUGGGAGUUGUGUUACUACUUGGAAUCUACAUAACAAGAAAAAAGACACGAGCCAACCGAAACACCUCUGCUCAUGGCAGUAACUCCACAAUGGAGAUUUUUUUCACGAUGGUGUUGCGCUGUUUUUCCCGGUCACUCGCCAUCCAUCAGCUCACUGUGUGGGUAGCUGUAAGGAUGUCCUUUGUUCUCUUCCUCUCUUGGUCUGGAGGCAGGACUGUUCGUGGGUUAAUUGCCUGCAGGGCUGCUCGAACUGUAAUUAAAUUGUUGUGUCGCACGCAACAGCAAUUUAGGGCUUUGCCCGUCACCGCGUUGCUUAUCUGGUUGACUUUCAGUUAUUCUUUUCCAAGUAAGAACAGAAAAGACGCGGUUGAAGACAUACUCGUCGCGGGUGUGAGAUCAACACUCGGACCCUGGUCAGUGUCAGGGCGGAUAGAGCUACUGGCUAUGUUGCUCUGUGGGUUCAUCUCACUUUCCAGUUUGCUCCAAUCCAUUCUGAAUAAACUGAAUGUUUUGAGUGUCCUCCUACAUGUGCAACUGGUGACCUGUCAUCAGAACUCAAGGGUACCAAUAAAAUACGUCCUGGUCAUUAAUAUCAACAGGUUCAUUUAAAAAAAAAAAUACCAUGAAACACACCCCACUGUAUCAAACUUUGACCAGUGUACCAGUUCCAUUGACAUCCUCAGCUUACACGAGACAGCAUAACUGGCAGAGACUGGCAGUUGAAUAUAAUAACUGGCUUCAUUUUUAUCAGCUCUACAAACAUUUCACACACUUUUUAAUUGGGGGAACAUUUGUACACAGCUUUAAUUGUUUUAUUUUUUAUGUAGACAUUUAGUAUUAGCAUUAGUUGAAAUCGCUUUACUGUGAACAUAGUGACAGUGAAUGUACUAAAAAACAUGUUAAAUGAUAACUGUAUUUAACUGUUUAAACAACACAUUUUAAACAUGUGUAUGUGUAACCAUUCUUCAAUUUUUUUAAUUAAAUCAAAAGACAACUAAUUACUUAGGUUUUGAUAUUUAAAUAUAAAUUAGACCAAAAUAGAGCAUCUCAUGGUGACUGAAAAAAACAAGACAAUCAUCAUUUACAAAAAAAGAUAUCUUUUUGUUUUAUCGAGUCUAUGUCAAUGCAAUUGGUGUUUGUUAUGCAUUUAAACAAUUGUUUGUGUCCGGUUGAACUUAUUCAUGUAUUGAAGUGUGCAAUUGUGUGGUUGAGUAGAGCUGUCUCUGCGUUGGCUAUAGCUGAAAUGUAAUAAAGCAGAAAGUGAAGUCUA